AAUUAGAGCUUCCAUUUCCAGCCGGCUUUCCGAGACACAGAGAGAUGACAACGAUACGCCGAUUUUGCUGCAACGAUCUCCUCCGUUUCACUUCCGUCAAUCUCGACCACUUAACUGAAACCUUCAAUAUGUCAUUCUACUUGACGUAUUUGGCUCGUUGGCCCGAUUAUUUUCAAGUAGCUGAAGGCCCCGGCAAACGAAUAAUGGGUUACAUUAUGGGGAAAGUUGAGGGACAAGGUGAGUCUUGGCAUGGCCAUGUAACAGCAGUCACCGUUGCACCUGAAUAUCGUAGGCAACAGCUUGCUAAGAAACUGAUGAACCUUCUUGAAGAAAUCAGUGAUAAGAUUGACAAGGCAUAUUUUGUGGAUCUUUUUGUGAGGGCUUCUAAUACACCAGCCAUAAAGAUGUAUGAAAAGCUUGGGUACAUAAUAUACAGAAGGGUGCUACGCUAUUAUUCAGGAGAGGAAGAUGGGUUAGAUAUGAGGAAAGCAUUGUCAAGAGAUGUGGAAAAUAAAUCAGUGAUCCCCCUCAAGCGGCCAGUUACACCUGAUGAAUUGGAGUAUGAUUAGAUUUAGUUCCAGUUUCUAUGGAACUUUCUCCCAACUAUUUGCUAUGUUCAUGUGUUUUAUGUUGAAAUGCAGUGGGAAAUAAGAGAGCUUUAGGUGUUUCAAACAUGAGAUCCAAUAACAUUUUCCAAUUAUUUCCAAGUAAUGAAUCAAUUCAGAUGUUUCUGUAUGGGGUCGUUAACAUUA